GCCUCAUUUCCGGUUUGACAACUGGCGGGACUUCUUCACAUGGUAGUCGCUGAGCAGGUUGUUUACAGACUUUGAAAACUUGCUUUUACAGGCACCUCUGGUAAAAUAAUAAAUAAAAAAAACGACAACAUGAUGGCUACAAACGGAAAGGACGCCUGUGGAUUGAACGGUGACGAGCCUUCAGUGUCUUUAAACGGCACCAGCGACACUUUAGCUAAAAAGUCACACACGCUUGUGAUGAAUGGAGCAGCCACGCAGCCUGAUUCAAAGCUGCAGAACGGAAGAACCGGGGCAGAGAGUUUCACCUUCACCCCCGAGCCCACCAUUGAGGACAUUAGGCGGAUGCAGGCGGAGUUUACGGAUGAGCGGGACUGGAAUCAGUUCCACCAGCCCCGCAACCUGCUCCUGGCUAUGGUCGGUGAGGUGGGCGAGGUGUCGGAGCUCUUCCAGUGGCGGGGGGAGGUGGCCGAGGGCCUGCCGAACUGGACCGAGUCCGAGCGAGAGCAGCUGGCGCAGGAGCUCAGCGACGUGAUGAUCUACCUCGUGGAACUCGCCGAAAAGUGUCACGUUGACCUUCCCCAAGCUGUGCUUCGUAAAAUGGCCCUAAACCGACUGAAAUACCCCGCCAGUAAAGUGCACGGAUCGGCCAAAAAGUACACUGAAUACAAGGACUGAGUGUGGGUGUUAAGAGGCGGAUGUCAACCAGGGGAUGCUGGUUGCAGUGACUGACUCACCUCACUGACAACAUGCUGCAGUUUAAUUAUGAUCUACUGCUGAACAUUUUGUCCCUGGGUUCAAACAUGUUCUGGGUUGACUUGUUACGUUACUAUGAGUGCUCUUAAAGUGUGUGUAUUUUCUGUGUUACACGUGUGUUGGCCUAGUUGCCUACAUAUGUCAAGUCUUUUGGGAAAUAUUGGCUUUUAUUGAGUUUGUUUAACUUUUAAAUCUUGUUUUUACUCAUUAUUAUUAUUGAUGUGAAUUUGAGGCAGUGCAUACUCCUUGCAGAAGAUAUUACUGUUGUGCAGUGCUUUUUUUAGGGAGUAUUUAGAAGAAUUUAUUUCUCACUGAACAUUUUAUAUCUUUGCUUCAGUUUAUGAGUGUGACAGAGAGGAUUAGAAGGUUGAUAGAGUUGGAGCAGAUGAUUAUUGUCAACAGAGCUAUUGUGAAUUGUUUGUGUUUAUUAGGGUUUUGAUUUAUCUGCCUUUUCCAUCAGGGUUGAAUCAACGCUUCUCUUUUGUUCACAUCUUUCUUCAAAUGUCACAUUUUUUUUUCUAAAGUAAAAGUUGCUUUAAUUUUGUCCUGUGGAUUUUCUGCUAAUUUGUCAUUUAGUCAAAAUGGUUGUGAUGAUAAAACUAUUGUCUGUUAGGAGUAAACACAAGAGCCUUGAAAGAAAUAACCACUAAAUUACCAGUUUAUUAGAUAAACCUAGCUCAGACUAAUGAUUGAAUAAUACAACAACCCUGAAGUUAAUACUAACUUCAAAAAGGUUAUAAUGUUCAUCUUAUGUUGU